AUGACGAGCCACGAAGAUUGCGAAGUGGGCAAUGUUUGUUUCGGAGAUGAUGGCCCUACAUCAGACUCACGGAAGCGUGAUGAUUCCCCGCAAGUUCCAUCUUUUGGGACCAAGCUGCGUCCAUUUCUUGAAAUGAUAGGUGUACCCGAACCGUUGUCCCGCAAUCGGCGGCAGGAUUCAGAGCGACCCGAGCUCGACAUACAUAUCUCAGUCCAGGAUGGGUCUGCUAGAGUGGGGGCUUGA